AUGGUUGAUCGUUUCUUCGACUGCUUAACUGUGAAAAGCAGGAUUGAACAGAUCCGUGAGCGCAAGCCCUUCCUGGCUCCAUAUACAUCACUUCAGGAUGAAAGAUUUGUAUUCCUGAUGAAAUUUCUGGAGUACCUGAACUCAUGGAAAACCAGCACAGAGAACAAACCUGGUAACUACACCCAGAAUGCCAGAGCCAAAAUGUUCUUAUCCUGGCAGUCACAUGAGGGAUUUGAAAUCACGGUCCAUUCUGCAAUUGAGUGUACAAAGUUCCUUCUCCAGGAAGGAAUGGAAUUUAUUUUGAGAGAACGCUUCUGUCAAGACCCAGUUGAACAAUAUGUUGGAGACCAGCGCAAACUUGGCAGGCAUUGUGAUAAUCCAGAUAUUCACCAAUUUGGAUAUAAUGCCAACACCAUCCAAAUCCAGCGGUCUGUUUCAUGCCAAAGCGGUAACACCAGGGGGCGGAAGGAUAAGCAUCGACAAUGGGAACAAGUGACAAAUGAUAAUUUGCCAUGCAGAAAGAGAAGAAAAACUGAAUGACAGUUAUUCAUUGUUAAAAUCAAUUCAAGUAUCAUUUAGCCUCAAGUGAUAAUGAUGAUAAUUAGAUCUUACAUUUUGAAAGAUAUGCUUUAAUUUAGUAGUGGAUUAU